AUGGGCCUGCUCAGUGACUUCACUCGACUUGAUUCAAUUCAUCAUGAAUCCAUUUCAUACUUUCUGCCAUAUAUUGCCUGCUUAUCACUCCUCUCGCUUAUAACCUAUGUUCUAUACAUCCGCUUUUACAGCUCAUUAGCUAAAGUCCCCGGCCCCUUCUGGGCCAGUCUUUCGCGAUGGUGGCUGGUAUUCUUCUCAGACAAAGGCAAUAUGCAUCGAUUGUAUCCUCGUCUCCAUGAGAAGUAUGGCAAAUUGGUUCGUGUCGGACCAAGCGAAGUUAGUGUGGCGGACUUGAAUGCCAUCCAGACGAUUUAUGGGGCUGGAAACAGGUUCGCAAAGAGUGAUUGGUACAGCGUCUGGCAAGGUCGUCGUAAAUUCGAUCUCUUUGCAGAACGAAGUGAGAUAAUCCAUGGUGCUCAGCGACGACUCGUCAACAAUAUCUACUCGAUGAGUAGUCUCAAAGACUUUGAGCAUGGCGUGGAUGCAGUCGUCGAACGACUCAUGCAGUGUCUACACCGGCAAGGGCCUGACGCAACUGUUGAUAUGGGGAAGUGGGUGCAGCUGUUUGCUUUUGAUGUCAUUGGAGAAAUCACAUUCUCCAAAUCAUUCGGUUUCCUCGAGAACGGAACAGACGGUGGCGCAUUCAGUCAGAUUGAGAACGCACUUCGCUCGGCUUCCUGGGUGGGACAAGUACCCUGGGUUUAUUGGCUGCAUGAUUAUAUGACGCCUCUCAUCGGAAGUCGCUUGGGUAUCGCAGCGCGCCAUGGUACGAUCCGACAAAUUGCAGCUCGUGAGAUUAUGGCCCGUAGAGAGGAAAAGCAUGUCGAAGAGGCUAAAGAAGAGCAAGACAUCUUAUCCAAGCUCUUUGACGUGCAGAAGAAGAAAGGAAAUCAGCUAUCAGAUGAUGAUGUGCUCUCAAUGGCUACGUCGAAUGUUUUUGCGGGCUCUGAUACUACUGCUAUCUCGAUCAGAUCGAUCAUCUACCAUUUGCUGAGGACGCCGACCUCCCUGAAAAAGCUUAGGGAUGAGAUUGAAGAUCGGAAACGUCAGGGGAGGUUCUCGGACCCGGUUACGCUGGACCAGGCGAAUGACAUGCCGUAUCUUCAGGCGUGCAUGUGGGAGGGGUUGAGACUGCACCCGGCUGUUGGGAUGACUCUGCCUCGUGUUGUUCCUAAGGGGGGUAUUGUGAUUGAUCGGUGCUUUUUGCCAGAGGGGACAACCGUGGGCGUCAACCCCUGGGUCGUCCAUCGCGACGCAAGUGUUUUCGGCGACGAUGUUGAAGCAUUCCGCCCUGAAAGAUGGCUAGGGGAGAAGACAGGCGAUAUGAGACGAUACUUCUUCGCUUUCGGUGGUGGUUCGCGACUUUGCAUUGGAAAGAACAUAAGCUGGAUGGAAAUGAGCAAGAUGAUCCCAACCCUCCUCAACCGCUUCGACAUCCAACUCGCGAACCCAGAUGAGCCAUGGAAGGAAACAUGUUGGUGGUUCGUCAAACAAGAAGGUCUCCUCGUCAAACUCUCACCCCGCAAAUCAUAA